AUUGUCAAGUGUCAGUUUCACGGUUUUAUAAGGCUCUCCGGAGGAAGCGGUAUCUUUUUUAAAUUAUUUCGCACAAGAUCUCUUUAAAUUAACUAGAUACAAACACAUAAUGGGGACCAAAUUGCGUACGUAGUUCAGAAAUAAUUUUAUAAAGUUAUUUAGAGAUUGCAUCACUAAUUCAAGUAUUGCACGAGCUCAUGCGGUAAAUAUCUAAUCAUGCCUGCUCACCACAAUGAAGAAGAGGAUAAACCUUGCAGAGCAUGCAGUGAUUUUAAAUCUUGGACUAAAAAGAAUAAGUCCAAGGCUACGCCGUCAAGCAAACCUGAAGAACCAGCCGCUCCUCCACCAACAAAAGCCAAAGAAUGUCCACUAGAUAAAGAGGAGUUGGGGACAUCAACCUGGGGAUUCUUGCAUACAAUGGCCUCAUACUACCCAGAGAAACCAACAAAGUCACAAGCAGAUGACAUGACAAAGUUUUUCAACAUUUUCUCACAGUUCUACCCGUGCGAACCCUGUGCACUUGACUUCCAAGAGGAUAUCAAGAAAAACCCACCAAAAACGAAAUCAAGAGAAGAGCUGGCAAAGUGGCUCUGUGAGAGGCACAAUAAAGUAAAUGUGAAGCUGGGCAAACCCAAGUUUGACUGCAGUAAAGUACAUGAGCGAUGGAAGGACGGCUGGCUGGAUGGAUCCUGUGAUUAGCAGAAUUCACAGCAAAAUGUUGCUUUACAUUAAUAGAAGUUGUAUGAAAUAAGUGAUAUUACAGUUACCAAAUACUGCUCAAAACAAAUUUAUAUUUAUUGAUACAUUUUUAUGGUUCCUAUUCUAUACUUUGUUAACUCAAUCUAAUUUGUGCAUGCCUUUUACCUCAAUGAGAUUGCAGUGUCUUAUAUCAGAGAGACAAGUGCCCUCAUAUGAAAUAUUUUUUUGUAUUGUGUAUCUGACGUGUACCAGAAGUAUUUGAAUGACAGUGAUUAAUAAUGAGGUGAAUUAAUAUAGAUAAAUCUUUUUGGUCUAUUGUCAAGCAUUUACAAAAGAACAAUAAAUUUCCAAUGGUUUAUUAAAAUAGACAUUUUUAAUGCAUUUAUUCCAUGUUUAACAAAAGGUAAAUGCAACAUUUUGGUUGUGAAUUAAAUAUUUAUGUGAAUCGUUUAUUAAAUGCCUAGAUAGUAUUCAAGUAGACCUAAUGACCGUGUGCUUUAGCUAGGUCUUGUGAUGUGAAUUUUAAAAUGUACAAUUUGUAUGUAUAUAUAUUUACUGUUAAAUAAAAAUAUUGGAAGUA